AAAAACAUUAAAAAGUCUUUUCGUGCUCUGCAUUUGGCUGAGACUUCAAACCGCAUAAAUUUUGCUAUUUUUAUUUUCACGAAAAUAGUGAAUUUAUCGAAAACUAACCAAUUAUGGCGAAGAAGAAAAACGAGCAGUACAGUGACGAUGAUCAGGACUAUGAUGAGCCGAAUUUCGAUGAUCCAGAGGGUUUCGUAGACGAGGCUACCGAUGAAGAAUUGCUGGGCGAUUUUUUGUUGAGCAAACCAUGCGAAACGGAUGGAGUCGAGAAUGUUGUUGUUGUCGACAAUAUUCCGAAAGUUGGACAGGCACGUCAAGAGAAGCUGCGAUCGGUGAUUGAAAAACUCUUUUCCACUUUCGGUCAAAUCAACAAGGAAUUUUAUCCGGUCGAUGAAGAGGGUAACACCAAGGGAUUCGCAUUUCUGGAAUAUAAAAAUUCGGAGAAUGCCGAAGAAGCUGUGAAAUCGUUGAACAAUCAUCGAUUGGAUAAGUCGCAUACGUUUGCGGUGAAUUUGUUUACCGAUUUUCAAAAGUAUGAACAUAUUCCCGAGAAAUGGGAACCGCCAACACCGCAACCUUACAAGGUUCAAACGGAUCUGUACAAUUUCUUAAUCGAACCGGACGGUUACGAUCAAUAUUGUGUUGCUGCUGAAACGGCACCUAAUGCUAUCCAGGUUCAAUUCUGGCAGAAUACACUUCCUGAACCGAUGGAAUUGGAAACCAGAGAUCGUUUCACCGAAACCUUUGUCAAAUGGUCACCGCAAGGAACCUACAUUGUAACCUUCCACAAGCAAGGUGUUGUUUUGUGGGCUGGUACAACAUACGCUCGGGUCAAUCGUUUCCAACAGCAAGCCACUCAUUUCGUUGAUUUUUCGCCAUGUGAAAACUAUCUUGUCACCUACGGUCCAACACCAGACGGCCAAAAAAUCAUCAUCUGGGACAUUCGUACCGGCUUGGAGAAACGUACAUUCCUUUCGAAAGGAAACAUGUCUCGAUUCCGUUGGUCGCACGACGAUCGUUACGUUGCAUACAUGGGCGAAAAUGCGAUUUUCGUUCACGAGACCCCAACCUUCUUCCUUUUGGAUAUGAAAUCGAUUAAGAUCCAGGGCAUACGCAACUUCAGCUGGUCGCCCACCGACAACAUCAUUGCUUACUGGGUGGCUGAAUUGGUUGAUGUGCCAGCUAAAGUCACACUGAUGGAAAUUCCACGCCGAACGGAAAUUCGUAAUAAGAUUCUGUUCAACGUAGCCGAAUGUAAGAUCCAUUGGCAACAGAGCGGUGACUAUUUGUGUGUAAAGGUCGAUCGCUUCUCCAAAUCGAGAAAGGACAAAAAGGAUUCGGACGUCAAGUUCUUGGGAAUGUUUUACAAUCUGGAAAUUUUCCAUAUGCGUGAAAAGGACAUACCGGUGGAUUCAGUGGAAAUUAAGGAAUUGAUAUUGGCCUUCGCUUGGGAACCGGUCGGUACGAAAUUCGCCAUCAUCCACGGUGAACCGAAUAUUGCCAACGUUAGUUUUUACGAGGUGAAAAAGGGCCAGAAACCAAAUUUGGUAAAGAAACUGGAAAAGAAAGUGUGCGGUCAUUUGUUCUGGUCGCCGCGCGGUCAAUUCAUUGUGCUAGCCAACUUAACAAUGGGAACAUUCGAAUUCGUCGACACCGAAAAUGAUUUUGUCGUGAUGAAUUCAGGCGAUCAUUUCCGUGCAUCAGAGGUGGAAUGGGAUCCGACUGGCCGUUACUGUGUGACCGGCGUGUCGGCAUGGAAGGUGAAAGAAGAGAACGGUUACUACAUAUGGUCGUUCCAAGGGAAAAUCAUGAAACGUGUCAUGUUGAAGAAUUUCGAGCAAUUCCUGUGGCGUCCACGACCGAAAACACUGCUCACCGAACAGCAACAGAAGGAAAUCAAGAAGAAUUUGAAGAAAUACUACGCACAAUUCGAGAGCAAAGAUCGUCUGCGUACGACUCGAGCAUCAAAGGAACUGCUGGAGAAACGGGCCCAAUUACGAGAACUGUUCAUGGAAUAUAGAACGAAACGAAUUGAGGAUUACAAUAAUCAGAAGACCAGGCGAUUAGAAUUAAGAAAUCAUGUAGACACAGAUAAUCUUAAUACCGAAGACGUGGAAGAGGAAAUUGUUGAAUUUUUGAUCAAAGAAGAAACCACAAUCAUCGAGUAAACGGCAUAGCGAUUGAGGGCAUUCAACAGUAAGCAAACGAGUCACCAGUAAAUUUGCAACAAAACGAACUUGCGACGAGUUUGCUUGGCUCCAAACGUUUCUCCAUCUCCAUUUUUUUAACCGAAAUUUUACCACACAAACAUUUUGUAAUAAAUUGAUUUAGUGUCUUACUCUCAAGUAAUUCAACUUGUUUCAUUAAAUCAUUAUUAUUUUCCCCGUAAUCAAACUAGGAUUUCGUCGAAAAUCCGUUUUGUGUACACUUUUAAGAUCGACAUCGGUGAUAGAAUAAUAAUUCUAAUUCUUUUUUUUAUUAAAUUGUAAAAUGACCGUAGCAAAGUAUGAAAUUUUAGUGAAAAAUAAAAUGUAUGCGGAAAUGUGUGGACUGGAACUUUA